AUGGCGAUCGCAUUCACGGAGGACGGUGAAAUGAAGUCGAUUGGCGGAUUCCAGUCGCAAGGUUAUGGACAGCCGAAAGCUGACGAUAUCGUUAAACCAGCACUGAAUAUUGAGGGUUCAAAAGUCACCAAUGGCAGAUCAUUCGUGCAGUUUACAAUUCCUCAUAGCAUCUUUGACUUGUAUACGGACGAUGGUGGUUGCGUUACACUUCAAGUAGCUGUGUUAGCCGGUCAAUGGUCAGGACAAUUCGCUGUGAAGAAGCACAAUAAAACUCCGGAGGCAGUUCUAGUCUGUGGAAUUGAGCACUGUCCAAAUCAUGAACCUGUCAGAGACGAAGUGGCUGAGAAGAAGACCGAAGAAACCGAACAAGAAAGUUAG